GAUACCCAAGCACCAUGAGCUCAAGCCCUACAAUCUUGCGGUUGCCGGCCAUGACGGUACAAUGUGCGAUUCUCAAGGCGAACUCUUCAUCAAGCCCUGCACCGAUCAGGAGCUUCAGUUUUACAAGACGGCCAAUGAGAGCCACCAGGCGUUCGCCGACUUGAUGCCCGUUUUUAUGGGCGAGCUAGAACUGAACGACUCGACAAGCGUUAGGGACUUGGAUGAACAGCUCCCCGCUGUUUCCGAAAUACUUUCCAAGGAAACAAAAGAAGAGAUCAUCAAGUUUAGCAAGGAACAGGCUGCUGAGGCUGCCGCCCAGUCCCCCGCGCCGAGCACUGACAGACAGUGGACGGAAAAGGCCAAGUCCAGAAAGAUCGAGACUAAUAAGUCGGUGGUACUGGAGAAUUCAGCAUACGGUUACACGCGUCCUAACAUUAUGGACGCUAAACUCGGCAAGCGGCUGUGGGCAGAUGAUGCGCCCAAGGCGAAGCAAGAGCGAUUUGAUAUAAUCACCAAGGAAACCACCAAUGGCUCGCAUGGGUUUCGCAUCGCCGGCAUGCGCGUUUACAAGGGAUCCACCAACCCCAAUGAGCUGGACGAGCAGGGUUAUAAGGUCUACGACAAGCAUUACGGCCGGUUAGAGGUCAACGCGGACAAUGUUGUGGAGGCAAUGCGCAAGUUCAUUUUCAAUCCUCAGGCCGGGAUAGAUGAGGAAAUCGGCAAGAUCAUUGCGGGUCUUUUCCUCAAUGACCUAAGGCGCAUCGAGGAGGUGUUGGCCUCGGAGGAGAGCAGAAUGUACUCGGCGAGCUUGCUGUUCACAUUCGAAGGAGACGGCAACGCGUUGAGAGCUGCCCUUGACCGGACCAGAGCUGACAUGUCGGGUGAGCAAUACAAGAAGGAUGAUGGACCGUACACGCCAGGUCUAUCUGCAUCUCGCGUUGAUAGUGGCAUCGAGAUGGAUGACGAGGGGCAGAUGGUGUUUCCAAUCAACGCAGCCAUCGGCCAAAACAUGAUACUGGCGAACCUGGCUCAGGCGCCUGCUUCCCAAGACAUCCAACUCACUGCGGAUUCCGACGCAGACAGCAUGUCGGGUUCCUCGAACGGCGAUAUUCCUCGCAUCUACUCCCUCAAACUCAUUGACUUUGCACAUGCCGAGUGGACACCCGGGCAAGGCCCAGACGAGAACGCUCUGUUUGGCGUUCGGAGUUUGAUCAAGAUCUUUGAACAGCUGGCAGAUGAUUGAAGGGCGGGUUUCCGAAAGCAAUCGUGGAGUUAGGGCGGCAUUUCAAGGCGUUUGGGAUUGCAAUUGGGGCUACCUUGCGAGACUACGGUUAGAGCAUGUCACGGGCAGGUUAGAGGAAGGGAAAGAGACGAAGAGGGAAGAGGGCAUAUACGAAUAUAUAUGCAUAGGUAGGUAGAGGAGAGGUUUUUGACGUCCGUUACGAACAUCAUUGAAAGAAGGGGAACCAGCCACACGGGCUAUUAGGGGGACGGCAAUUCUUUUCACGCAAUAUACCCCUUAUUUUUAUUGUACGCUAUUAUCCGAUGAUCUUGUCGCAUCUCUAACAUGACUGUAGUAUCU